UCAGUCAGUCGCGAGAUUUCGUGGCGACAAGACAUAGGAAAUAGUCGUACGGUACCGGAUAGAUCCUUUCAGUUUUGGAUUAAGUAGUGCAGUGAGAAGUGAAGCUUUAUAUACUUUUUUUUGGGAGUAAAGUGAGAUUUUUCUCAAUUUUUUUCCCUCACUUUUUUUGAAAAAAAAAAAAAAUAAAUUUUCUGUGUGUACUCACGGAUUUUCUGAAUAAAAUUUAUUAAAGUACAGUACGUGAAAAUAAGAGAAAUAGAAAACAUUAAAAGUACUAAGAAAUAAUAGAGAGAAGUUAACAUCAGGUUGAAAACAGCCCAUCAUCAUCAUGGGGUUGUUAGUGAAAAAUUUAAUAUUUUUAUCAUUGAUAGCAGUCUAUCUGCUGCCUAAUGUUAGAGCACAAGCUUGCAAUGAUGAACACGAAUUCACAUGUAGUGAUGGUACCUGUAUUCCAAAUGUAGAUAAAUGUAAUCAAGUCAGCGAUUGUCCUAACGGAGAGGACGAAGAUGAUUGUGAAAAUUGUGAUGGAUUCCAAUGUGAGAAUGGUAUGUGUUUGGAUCUUGAAAAACGUUGUGAUCGUGUAGCAGAUUGUCUGAAUGGCGAGGACGAAGAAUUCUGUGAUGAAGAAUGCACAACUGAUGAGUUCACGUGCAAGUCCGGUAAGUGCAUACCAGUAUUAACGGUAUGCGAUGAUGUCAAAGAUUGUCCCGAUGGCGACGAUGAACAAAAUUGUGACUGUGCACGCAAUGAAUUUCGAUGUAUACGCGGAGGUACAUGCAUACAAAUUGAACAGAAAUGCGAUGGACGUGAAGACUGUCUUGAUGGAAGUGAUGAAUAUUCAUGUAAGCCUCAUGAAUGUGCUGAUAAUGAAAUUUCAUGCGAUGAUGAAAAUAAGUGUAUACCAAAUUCAUUUAAAUGCGAUGGUGUGCCAGAUUGUAAUGAUGGAACAGAUGAGCUCGAUUGUCCAACAGUCAGACCAGACGCGUGUGAAGUCAAUGAGUUCCAAUGUUCCGAUCUCAAUUGUAUUGAUGAACACGAUCGUUGUAAUGGUAUUCAAGAUUGUGACGACAAUUCUGAUGAACACAAUUGUGAUCGAUGUGGAGAGAAGGCAUUCUACUGUCGAGUAAGUCGUGAAUGCAUACCUGACAAUAAGCAAUGCGAUGGAGAAAAGGACUGUGAAGAUGACACUGACGAAGAGGGUUGCCAAGAUCCAACUGAUAGACCAGCUGAAGUUUGCUCAACUAACGAAUUUAGUUGUGGCGAUGGAUCAUGUAUAAAUAAUGAAUUUUUGUGUGAUGGUCAAGUCGAUUGCUAUAAUGGUCUCGAUGAAGAUCCUGAAACUUGUGAUCAACCAGAUCAAACUGAUGCACCAAUCAGUCCAACAGAAGCUCCUGAAAUUUGUCAAGAUGAUGAAUUCCAAUGCGAUGGACGUUGUAUUGAAGCAGAGAGGCGUUGCGAUGGCAGACCUGAUUGUUCUGAUCGUACCGAUGAACAAGAUUGUCCACCACAACAAUGUCCAGAAGACAGAUGCAAUGACGGCACAUGUAUUUACUCAAACCAAAGAUGUGAUGGCACACCAGACUGUCGCGAUGGUGAAGAUGAAGACAGAUGUCCAUGCCGUGACAAUGAAUUCCGUUGUAAUGAUGGACAAUGCGUUUCACUAAGUGCAAGAUGUAAUCGUCAAUAUGACUGCCGUGAUGGAUCAGAUGAAUCAGAUUGCCCACGUUGUCGUCCAGGUGAAUUCCAAUGUACAACUGGCGAAUGUAUCAGCGAAAGUAGAAAAUGUGAUCGCCGAACAGAUUGUAGAGAUGGAAGUGAUGAAAAUGAUUGUCCACGUCCAACACCUCCACCAACUACAUCAACGACUAGAACAACUCCAUAUUAUUAUUAUACACCAUCAACUUCAAGACCUUAUAUUUAUAAUCCUCCAACGACUUCAAGACAAUACAUUUAUAAUCCACCAACACCUCGACAGUACUGCGAUCGCUAUCGUGAAUGGCAAUGCAGUAGUGGUGAAUGUAUUCCGCUAGAAAGUCGUUGUAAUUCACGUCCUGAUUGUGUAGAUCGUUCUGAUGAACGAAGUUGUCAUGAAGAUGGCAGCGAUUGCUCAAAAGAUAUGUUCCGAUGUGAGAACGGUCCAUGUAUAAUGAAUUCAUUAAGAUGCGAUGGGAGAAUUGAUUGUCCCUUUGACGAUUCUGAUGAAUUAGAUUGUCCACCAAGAGAGCCAACAAGACCUGAUGAAGUCAAACUUAACUUGAGAACAUACCCAACAGCACAAACUAUUAAAGAAAGCCGAGAAGUCGUUUUUCAAUGUCGUGAUGAGGGUCCUAUUCGUGCACGAGUUCAAUGGAUUCGCAAAAAUAACCGACCAUUGCCACCAGGCUCACGCGAUCUCAAUGGACGUCUCGAAAUUCCAAGCAUUAAGGUUGAACACAGUGGUGAAUAUAUUUGUGAAGCUGUUGGAUAUCCAAAGAAUACACCUGGCAGUGUUGUUAGUGUUAUGUUGGAUGUUGAGAAAUUCAAUCGUUCAAUCAUUACACCACCAGCCUGUGGUGCCAAUCAAGCUACAUGCAUGAAUGGUGACUGUAUUGCAAGAAACAAGAUCUGUGAUGGAGUCUUCGAUUGUACAGACGGAUCAGAUGAAAAUGGAUGCAGAUCAGGACGUUGUGAACCAAAUGAGUUCCAAUGUAGCAACAGAAAGUGUGUCUUGAAGACAUGGAGAUGCGAUGGUGAAAAUGAUUGCGGUGACAACUCUGAUGAAGAUAACUGCUUCACACAAAGUACAUCAUCUGGUCCAUGCCGUUAUGAUGAAUAUCAAUGUGCCGAUCGUCAAUGUAUUCCAAAGUCAUUCCAAUGUGACAGUCAAUCUGAUUGUGGUGAUAAUUCUGAUGAAAUUGGAUGCAUUGCACCACAAGUUAUUACUCCACCACCACCAAUGGUACGCUUACAAGCUGGACAAGUCUUCAAUAUUACAUGUAGAGCCACUGGUAAUCCAGUUCCAUUGAUUGUAUGGCGUUUGAAUUGGGGACAUAUUCCUGAAAAAUGUAGAACAACAAGUGUUGAUGGAUUCGGUACAUUGACAUGUGAUGAUAUUCAACCAAUUGACUCUGGUGCUUAUUCAUGUGAAAUUAUCAACAGCAUGGGAACUCACUUUGUAUCGCCCGACACAAUUUUAGUUGUAAGUGGAACAAAUGUCUGUCCUGUCGGUUACUUUAAUGGACAAGCUGCAAGAGAGAGUGAUUGUAUCAAUUGCUUCUGUUUCGGUGUCAGUACACAAUGUAAGAGUGCUGAUCUUUACACUUAUGCUUUAAAUCCACCAGUCACAUCACAAACUGUCGUUGGUGUUGAUGGACCAUGGAAUGGACUUCCAGAUAUUGCAAUUUCUGAAUACAAUAGACAUCAACUUACCUCAACACGUCAUGGUGUUCAAUUUAGAGCAUCUGACAUCCCAGCUGCCUCAAAUCGUGUCUAUCCAUAUCACUCACUUCCAUCCGAAUAUCACGGCAAUCAACUCAAAUCGUAUGGAGCUUUCUUACGAUAUGAAGUUGAAUUUAGUGGACGAUCACCAUCAAAUGACAUUCCUGAUGUUAUUGUUCAAGGUAAUGGAUAUACAUUGACAUACUCAGUUCCUGGCCGUCUUAGUCCAAAUUCACGUAACAACAUGACUGUUCAAUUCUCACCAAGAACCUGGAAUAAAGUUGAUGGAAACGAAGCAACUCGUGAAGAAAUUAUGAUGGUUCUUGCUAAUGUUGAGAACAUCCUUAUUAAGCUCCAAUACAUCGAUAGUGGUGAAAGAAAUGUUGAAUUAGUUCAUGUGUCACUUGACUCUGCUGCACUUCGUGAUUUUGGCUUGGGAUCAGCUUCAUUAGUUGAAGAAUGUCGUUGUCCAACUGGAUAUGCUGGAUUAUCUUGUGAAUCAUGUGAAGUUGGUUACAUUAGACAACCAUCUGGACCAUGGUUAGGUAGAUGUGUACCUGAUGUCGAACCUUGCAGACCUGGAACCUAUGGAGAUCCUAGCAGAGGAAUUCAAUGCAAGCCAUGUCCAUGCCCAGUCCCAGGAAAUUCACAUGCACGUACAUGCUCACUUGAACGAAGUGGAGAUAUUGUCUGUCACUGCGAACGAGGUUAUAUCGGUCAGAGAUGCGAACAAUGUGCACCUGGAUAUGUUGGAAAUCCAAUGUCUCCAUCAGGCUGUCAACCAGCUCCACCACCGUCAUCAUAUUGUGAUCCAACUGGAACUGAAAGAGUUCUUUCAAAUAGACGAUGUGAAUGUAAACCAAAUGUUAUUGGAGCACGAUGUGAUCAAUGUUCAGACCAAACAUUCUACCUUAAUAGUAAAUCUGGAUGUAUUAAUUGCUUCUGUAUGGGAGUCACUGGACGUUGUACAAGUACAUCAUACUUCCGUGACACAGUUCGUGCAUCAUUCUCAACACCAUCAGUCAGUGAAUUCUCACUUGUAUCUGGAUAUGAAUUCCCAGUUCCAAUUUCCCAACAAUUACAAGUCGAAAAUCGUGAAAUUGCUUUCCGUGAAUUUGUUUCUAAUGAUGAGACUUAUUACUGGAGCUUACCACCAUCUUUCUUAGGCAAUAUCGUCACAGCUUAUGGUGGUAAUCUUUCAUAUACUGUUCGUUAUGUGUCACAACCAUCAGGUGCUGCAUCAAGAAGCAAUUCUCCAGAUGUUGUCAUCGUCAGUGGAAAUGAAAUCACAUUGCAUCACUACAGAUCAGAUACAAUCCCACCAUUCGGUACACAAACAUUCACAGUUCCAAUUUAUGAAAGAUCAUGGCAACAUUAUGAAGAAGCAAUUCCAGCAACACGUCAACAUCUUCUCAUGACAUUAGCUAAUGUAACUGCUAUUUAUAUUAAGGCUACAUACACAACUGUUGCUGAAGAAGCUGCAUUGUCACAUGUCGCACUUGAUGUAGCUCGUGAACAAGAUUAUGGAUCACAUCAACGUGCAUGGGAAGUUGAACAAUGCUCAUGUCCACCAGGACACGAAGGUCUUUCAUGUGAAGACUGCUCACCUGGAUAUUAUAAAGGUGAACAAGGAUUAUACCUUGGAUUGUGCGAACCUUGUGACUGUAAUGGACAUUCAGAAGAAUGUGACUCAAAGACAGGAAUUUGCAGAAACUGCCGUGAUAAUACUUAUGGAGAUAAUUGUGAAUUGUGCUUGCCAGGAUUUCAUGGAAAUGCUACAUCAGGUGGAUGUAUUCCAUCCGGCAGUCAGACAAACAAAUGUGAAGACUGUAGCGUUGAAGGAACAUCAUCAUGCGAUCGUGUAUCAAGAAGAUGUAACUGCAAGCCAAAUGUUAUUGGAUCAAGAUGUGAUGUUUGCCGUGAUGGAACAUUCGGAAUAUCUGAAACUAAUCCUUACGGAUGUCGCGAAUGCUUCUGCUCAGGAACAACAAGAAGCUGUGCUGAAGGAAUUUUCUAUCGUGAACAAAUUCCAAUCUUUAUCUUUGAUGACACAAAUCAUUUUGAAUUGACAGAUCGUGAAGGACAAAAUCCACUUCCAACAGAUCAGUUUGAUAGAAAUAUAGAAGAAAAUGAAAUCAGCUAUCAGUUUAAUGACGAUUCACACUCAUACUACUGGAAUCUCCCUGAUCGUUUUACUGGAAAUUUGAUCUUGUCAUAUGGCGGCAAAUUGUAUAUCACACAAAAAACUGACGGUUCUGGACAUUAUGUUAAUGAUCAAGACGUUAUUAUUCGUGGUAAUGGCAUCACAUUGGCACACUCACGUCCAAAUAUUGAGGAAGAAACUUACACUGUCAGUUUACUUGAAAGUGAAUUCCAAACAACUACUCGUGGUGGACCAAGACCAGCUACACGUGCUGAUAUCUUGACUGUUUUAUCAAAUGUUGACAGCAUUUUAAUCCGUGCUUCAGUUCGCUCAUACACAAGUGAAUCAAGAAUUAGUGACAUUAUUCUCGAUACGGCUGUAAGACAACCAACAGGUUCAGGACGUACUAGUGAUGUUGAAGUCUGCAGAUGUCCACCAGGAUAUCGUGGAACAAGUUGCGAACAAUGCGAUGCUAAAUUCUAUCGCGAUUCAAAUGACAGAUCAGCUGGAUUAUUAGGAACAUGCAAAAGCUGUCCAUGUGAAAAUGCUGACUCAUGUGAAAUGGGACCAAAUAGAAGAGUAGUUUGUCACUGCAUGGAUGGAUGGACUGGUGAAACAUGCCGUGAACGUCCUGGAGUUCCAACAACUACAACAACAUUGAGACCAACCCUUGCACCACCAUCAAUUGAGGUUGUCAUCACAUCACCAAGAAUAAAGAUUGUUGAAAUCGGUGAAAUUGUUGAAUUCAACUGUAAUGCUCAUUAUCUUGUUAAUAACAAACCACUCAACAUCCGCUGGUACAAAUAUGAUGGAUCUCUAUCAACUCGCACAAGAAUCGAUCAAGGAUCACUUUACAUUCAAGAUGCACAAGAAGAUGAUAGUGGUGUGUACAUCUGUCAAGCUCAAGUUGGCCAUGAAAUUGUUCGUGACAAUGUUACACUUACUGUUGGUGAUUUAGAUAAUCCUUCAACAGAAGUUUAUCCAAGACCUCCAGAAGUUAUCGUUGAGCCACGUGUUAUUAAUCUUGAAGAAUUUACACCAGCUGAAAUCCGUUGUUCAGCUGCAGGAUAUCCACAACCAAGAGUAGAAUGGAGAAGACUUGACGGAUAUCUUUCAACUGACAUUGUUCAACGUGAAGGCUAUUUGAGAUUCAACUCAUUACGUAAAUCAGAUGAGGGCACAUACCAAUGUGUUGGUCAAAAUAAUGUUGGCGAAGCAGAAAUCACAAUUCCAAUUUAUGUUCGUGAACAAGCUGCACGUCCACCAGCAAGAGAAGAAGUAAGCGUUGAGCCAUCAGAAUAUACAGGAGAGCCAGGAAAGGAAGUCAAAUUGUAUUGUAAUGCAAGUCCAAGAGGUAAGGUCACAUGGACCAAAACAGGAUCAGUUCAACUGCCAAGAAAUGUUUAUGUUAGCGGAGAAGAGUUGACAAUUCAAUAUACAACUGUUGAUGAUUCAGGAAGAUAUAUCUGCUCUGUUCAAUUCCCUAACGGUGUUACUCGUCAAUCAUAUGCUGAUGUAACAAUUGAAGCUAGAUCUAAUGAACAACCAGCAAAAAUCAAGCCACUCGAACAAAGAUACACAGUCAUCCAAGGCACAGACUUUGAACUCAUCUGUGACACAACUGGAACUCCAUACCCAACUGUUACAUGGUCAAUGAGCGGAGGACAGCUUGCAUCAAAUGCAAGACAAACUGGAAAUGUUUUGAGAAUUUUGAACAUCAAUGUUGAAAACAGCGGUGUUUAUGUAUGUUUGGCAACAAAUAAUGCUGGAAGUGAUCAAGUUGCAACUGUUAUUGAUGUUGAACGUCGCGAACCACCAGUCGUUGAGCUCUUCCCUAAGGAAUCACAGAAACUUCGAGUCGGUGAAUCAACACGUUUGAGUUGUAGAACACUUUCAGGAUCACCACAUCCAACAGUCACAUGGGUGCGUCGUGAUGGACAAAGAUUAUCAUCAAGAAUCACAGAAGACUAUCCAGGUGUCAUUACAUUGAGAGAUGCUAAGUUAGAUGAUGCAGGUGUCUACGAAUGUAGAGCAUCAAAUAUUGCCGGAGAGACUUCAUUGUCAACAACAUUGGAAAUCCAACAACAGCCAUCAAUUAAAUUAUAUCCAGACAUUCAAAGCUUUGAUCUCACCGAAGGUGAUGAGUUGAAAUUUAAUUGUAUUGCCACAGGUACGCCAACACCAACAGUCACCAUCAAGUCACCAGAUGGAGUUCCACGUAUGGAAGUAAGAACCUCAGAGAUUCAUCGUGACCAAGGAGAAGCAUCAGUUUCACAUUAUAAUAUUCAACGAAAUCAAGCAGGAUUAUAUGAGUGUGUUGCUGUUAAUGACGCAGGACAGGAUGUUAGAUACAUCCAAGUUAAUGUUGCUGUUAAAAGAGGUGAUGCCGGUAUUCAUGAUCAAGAUGACAUUAAUGAAAUUCCAGAUGAACGUUAUCCCUUACUUUCGACAGAGAGGCCAAGACCAACAAUGAAUUAUCCACCACAAUUACCAGAUGAAACUGCUUUCCAACCAACACAACCAGUUUCACAGCCACCAUUCACAGUUCAUCUUGGUGAAAGAGCUGAAUUCAACUGCAGAGAAGAAGGUCGCAAUGUAAGAACUGAAUGGAGACGUGCCGAUGGUCAAAGAUUGCCACAAGGUGCCAACAUUUAUGGUGGUCAAUUGAUUAUUGAAAAUGUUGGAUAUGAUGCCAAUGGUCAAUAUGAAUGCUUCAUUUAUGAUAGUUAUCGUCGUCCAGUAACACUUUUAUUGGCACAACUUGUUGUUGUUGGUGGACCACCAAAGAUUGCUUUCAAUCCACCCAUGCCAAUUACAGUUAGAUCUGGUGAUGAUGUUAUGAUUUAUUGUAAUGCAACAGGCGAUGGUCCAAUUAGAGUGUACUGGCAUGGCGAUGGUGGAGCUCGAUUGCCAUCAUCUGUUCAAGUCAGUGGAAACUACUUAAGAUUUAAUAAGAUUGCACCAGCUGAUGAGGGUCGAUAUGUUUGUACUGCAUCAAAUGUUUAUGGAAAUACUACAAAGGUUGCUGAAGUUAUUGUUGAUCACAACUCACCACCAAAUCGUCCACAAAACCCAGAAAUUUAUGGACGCACGAAGGAAGGCUAUGAAGGAGACCAAGUAACAUUGACAUGUUCAGAUGACGGUGCAUUACGUGGAUAUAUUAGAUACGAAUGGGAAAAAGAAGAUGCAGAUUUGCCACCACUUGCCGAAAAUCGUGACAACAUUUUGAUUCUCUACAACACCCGUUAUGAUGAUGGUGGUCGUUACAUCUGUAAGAUCUACACCGAGGACGGAAGAGUGACACAAAACUAUGUGGAUCUUGUCAUUAAGCCGGCAAUUCCACACUUGACAUUGUCAACUCAACGAUCUUAUGUCAAACCGGGCGGAUUUGCUGAAGUCGAAUGUAAGUCAUCAGCUGGACCAGAUGUUAAGGUUACUUGGCAAGCAGUGAAUGGAGAGCCACUUCCUCUUAAUUUCGAGCAAUACGGCAACCGACUUAUCAUCACAAACGCUCAAAAUGACAACAGCGGUAGAUACAACUGUGUCUGCUACACAACCGAAGGACAAGCUUAUCUCAGCGAAUACGAACUCGUUGUUGAAGAACCACCAGCAAAACACAUCACACCACGUGUUGAACAUGCUGAAGUCGGUGCAAGUGUAGUUCUUCGUUGCGAUUCACAACGUUCACCAUCAACAUAUUUAUGGACAAAACAACACGGCUCAUUCCCACCAGAUGUUGAUACACACUCAGAAAUCUUGAAAUUAAUUAAUGUUCAAGCUAGCGAUGCUGGAACUUACAUUUGUAAUGCUCGCCACAAUGGUCAAUUGGUUGAAAUUCCAACAACUUUAGUUGUUACUGGUGCAAUUCCAUUCUUCCCACAAUCGCCAAGAAGUUACAUGAAGUUCCCAAGACUUGAUCAAGCUUACUCAAAGUUCAACUUUGAAAUCACAUUGAGACCUGAAAGACCAAAUGGUUUGAUUCUUUACAAUGGACAGAAACGUGGAUCUGGAGACUUUAUUGCACUGUCACUUGUUGAUGGAGUUCCACAAUUCCGAUAUGCAUUUGGUGACCAACGUGGAAUCUUGAAACCAGAAAAACCAUUGACAUUAGGCGAAUGGCAUACAAUUAAAGUCAAUCGUGUACGAACAAAUGGAUGGAUGAUUGUUGAUGAUCAACAUCCAGUCAUCUUCCCACCAAAUCAGAAAUUCCAAGGAUUGAAUCUUGAAGAAGAUUUGUUCAUUGGCGGUGUUGCUAACUUUGAUCAUAUUGUACCUACAGCUAGUGAAGUUAAGGAAGGCUUUGUUGGAUGUAUCAGCCGUUUAGUCUUGAACGAACGUGACAUUCAAAUCAAUCAAGAAGUAAUUUAUGCUGAAGGAACAACAGCUUGUGAGCCAUGUGCUGAUGAGCCAUGCAUGAAUGAUGGAGUGUGCUUAGAAACACAAACUGAUCAUGGAUACACAUGCGUUUGUCAAGACGGAUAUACAGGACGUAAUUGUCAAGUUCUUGGAUCACAAUGCUCAUUAGGUGUUUGCGGAAUUGGAAGAUGUAGCGAGACAGACGUUGGAAUUGAAUGUUAUUGUCCAUUGAAUAGAACUGGAAACAGAUGUGAAUACAUUGAACAUUAUGACGACAGAAUUCUUUCAUUCAGAGACGGAAGCUAUGCAGCAUACGACAAAUUGACAGGAAAGAAGAAUAUUAAAUUCAAGAUCCGACCAGAAACUGAUGAAGACGGUGUCAUCCUUUAUGCUGGUGAAUCAGACAAAGCCUACGGUGACUUCCUUGCUGUCGUCUUAAAGGAUAAGCACAUUGAAUUCCGAUAUAUUGUUGGUGGCAAAAUCCUUCCAGUCAUCAUUCGAUCAAUCAAUCCAGUCAAAGUACAUGAAUGGAUGGACAUUUCAGUUGGUAGAUCAAGAGCUGGUCUUGGAUAUCUCCAAGUUGACAAUGAACCACAAAUCAAUGAACCACGAUCAGCUGGACGUGCACAAACAUUGUAUUUGAAGACGAACCUUUAUGUUGGUGGAUAUGACAAGAGAGUUGUGCUUAAUCGUGGUGUUGCAGUUACAAAGGGCUUCGAGGGAUGCGUUGCUGGGCUUGAAAUCGCCGGCAAAUCUAUUGACAUGAUUUCUGACCUUCGUGAUUCAGCAAAUGUACAAAACUGUGGACAUCAACCAUUACUUCCAGUUGACGACGAUGAAGGUUCCGGUGAAUAUCCAGAAACAACAAGCAACGAACCACCACCGGUGAUCUGCAGACCAGGAUAUACAGGCAGACGUUGUGAUAUUGAGGAUGAUGUGUGUGCAGCUAGAGAGCCAUGUGAAAAUGGUGGAAUUUGUUCAAAAUUAGCAGGCAAUAAGUAUCGUUGUGACUGUACAUUAGGAUAUACAGGAGAUCACUGUCAAUUCCCAGUUCUGAUCCAAACAUCAGCAUCAUUCAAGGGCAACAGUUGGCUCGAAUUAGACAGAAAUACAAUUGCUAAUGGCUCAAAGCAGCUUGCAAGCGGAAUUGCACUUUUGUUCUCAACAAAACAAUCUAAUGGAUUACUUUUAUGGUAUGGACAGAACAAAGGACAUGCAUUUAAUGGUGAAGACUUCCUCUCACUUGCUGUAAAUGAUGGAAUCUUAGAGUUUGCAUUCCGAUUGGAUGGUGAAGAGUCAUUCAUCCGUCAUCAUGGAACACGUGUUGAUCAAAAUGUUAGACAUAUUGCAAUAUUGAAGAGAACUGGCAAUCAAGCUAGUCUCGAACUUGAUGGAUUAACAGAAUAUGGCGAGACAAGACCGACACUUAAGAAAGACAUGGAACUUCCAGGUCAUAUCUUCCUUGGUGGUGCACCAGAUAUGAGAAGAUUUACAGGCGAUCGUCAUACGCAAGGAUUCAUUGGAUGUAUACAUGUUGUUGAGCCUAUUGCAGGUGGUCCAAUUCGAUUGGGCGAAAAGACUAUUAGUUCUAUGAAUAUUGAACAAUGCUCAGAAUCCGAUGAUGACGACGAUGCAUUUUUGGGAACAGAACCACCAGUGGUUUAAGAACAAAUAACACAAACACACACUCACAAAAAUGAGAAUAAUUUUUUUUAUGUUUACCAUGAAUAAAUUUUUUAAAAAAAUUAGAUGAAGAUGAAAAUUAUUCAAAAUUCCAAAAUUUGUUUUGCACACCAAUUUAAAAUUAAAAAUAGAAAUUUGAAAAAAAUUAAAAGAAAUUCAAACCUUACACUUGAUACACAAAACACGAAAUGUAUUUAAAAAAUACUAAUCGUCGUCGAAAGAAUGAAAAAAAAAAUUGAAUUUUUAAGAAGAAAAAAAAUGAAGAAGAUUUUUGUCAAUUUUGUGCCAAAUUCUCAUUACUCUAGUUGAUAAGUUCUUGACAUUUUUAUGUUUUUUUUUUGUCUUAAACGAUGAAUUAUUAUUGUAGAAUAAAUCUUUUUCUCUCGGUUCCCGCACUGCCUUUUUCUGCCUUUUUUAAAAAUGAAGUAAAAAAUUUUUUAUUAAUUUUAAUCUUUAAAUUGUAUAUUUGAAUCAAAUUUAUGUCUAUUUGGGUCAAACCUACAUCAACAAAAAAAUGCUUCUUAAUUUGAUAUUUUUUUUUCGUAAUUAAAAUUUAUGGGAGAUUUUGUCACUUGGACAUUAAAUAACUUUUUUUAAAUAUAUAUUUUAAUUUCUUGAUUGUUCUAGUGACACAGCUAUUGAAGUUUGUUUUGGUUGGAGUUAUCAUUAAUGGGAAGUUUUUUAUUUAGUCUACAGGCUGGGGUUUGUGCGAAUGUAUGGGGUGCAUAGGAUUGAGUUAUUUCAGUGAUGUUCAACCUUUUUUGUGCCACGGUUAACUUUGCUGGUAUGCCGCACACGACAUACGAUUCGUGGGAUUUCCUGAUGUUUGUAGCGACACACUAUUUGACCAUCAUUGAAUUAUUAAGUUGGGAUUUCAAACUGAUCUGUCGAGUAUCUUUUUUAAAACUGCUUCUAAAAUAACUAUGAAAUGAUUUUGUUGAAGUUGAAAAACUUUGGGUUUGUAAAGUAAGAGGGGCAUUGAGGGAGUAAUUUGAAGGGAAUAAGGACUUGAACGAACCACUUAAUCUUGUUUCAACUGAAAUCAUCAAAUUAAAUCGAGAAACUCAGCAGCUAAAUGAUCUAUUGAUUAACAUCACAAAUUUGCUUUUUUAUUAAAUAUUGUUGAAAGUAGAAUGUAGUAUGGCAUCUAAUUUGAGGCUGGAAGUCUUUGAUUUUGUGACAGUUCAAACAAAGUAAUAUUUUCCUUACAAAUUUUGUAACAGAAGGGGGUGGGAGGAGGAGGGGGUCUAAAAAUCUAGUUUUUUGAUGAAGAGGGUCAUUUAGACAAGUAAAACAACAGAUUGCAACAUUAGAAAAAGAAACUUUGACUCGACCUAAUUUAAGCUUGGUUUUUAAAAAAAGAUUUCAGACAAUUUUCAAUCAAUAAACAUUCAAAUUCUCAUUGGAAAUUCCGAAUAUACUUUAUAAUAGCAGAUAACCCACUGAUGACAGCCCUUGGUUUUUCAUUACUACGAUUAUUUCUUAAAAUAUAAAAUUUUCCCAUUUAAUAACUCCAAAUCAUUCAAAUUUCCAGUGAUAGACUCCCAUCAGCGGAAUAAAAAAAAACUAUUAAUCUAUAAAAUUAUGUUAAAGAGUAUUUGUCAUAUUCUUGUGAAAGUGCCAUUAUUUUUUUCCUUCCUUUUUUGUUAAAACAAUUUCAAAAAAAAAAAAUCAAUUUUAAUUCUUGACUCUAUAAAUUUUUUGUUGAGGUGCUAUGACAAUUACAAUUUAAUGAACUAAUACAAAAAUAUCGUCUAUUAUCAAAGUCAUAUCAUGAAAAAAAAAGAAUAUGAAUAUAAAAAAAAUAAACAAAGCUACCAAAAAUUUUUUCUGAAAAAUUGAGAAUGAAGAAAAUAAUUAAUUAAAAAGAAUAUACAAUGAUAUAUGAAGAACCAUAAUUAAAGUAAUAAAAAAGAUAUAAAAAACUUCUUUUUUUGCAUUUUUUUAUUUUAAAUAAUUUUUGAAAGGGUAGAAAAUUUUGAAAAGAUUCCCCCAACUCUGAAUUUUGUGUACAGAACAAGAAAAAAAAAUUUUUCUUUUAAAUUUUUAUUUUUUUAAAAAAUGGAAGUUUUAAGAAAAAAAAAUACACCAAUUUGUAUAUCUUAAUAAUGUAUGAAACGAAUAAAAAUUAAUGAAAAAAAAAAAUUAAAGCGAAUAAAAAAAACUUGACAAUAAAAAAUAAGAAAACUUAAAAAAUUUAAAUUUAAAAUUGUUUUUUUUUUUAAGUGCUUCUUAAUUGUAUAACAGCUAGCGACAUCUUUAUUUCAGAGAAGAAAAAAACUCAGGACGUUCAGCUCAAAUAAAUGAUCUUGAUUGUGAAAAUAAACAAUAUAUUCACAAAAGUUGAAAUUUAAUGAAAAUUUGAUUUAUUAAUAAUGAAUUUAUUCCUAAACUUACUCUGGAAUGUUGCUGGCUUCAAAUAAAAUCAAGCACCACGCCACAAUCACACCGGCUUGGUGCUAGAUUUCUAAUCGAUUAGCCGACUUGUGCUAUUCGGGUUUGAUCAGCU